AUGACGCAGCCGCACUUCCUGCACGCCAUCGACUACGGUAACUACGUCUACUUCUUCCUCAGUGAGAUCGCCGUGGAGUACACCGCCCUGGGCAAGGUGGUGUUUUCUCGGGUCGCUCGCGUCUGUAAGAACGAUAACGGCGGAUCUCCCAGAGUCCUGGAGAGAUACUGGACCUCCUUCCUCAAGGCUCGUCUGAACUGUUCGGUUCCUGGAGAUUCCUUCUUCUACUUCGACGUGCUUCAGUCUCUCACCAACGUGCUGCAGAUCAACCAGAGACCUGCUGUAGUCGGAGUUUUCACCACUCAGGCCAACAGCAUCCCCGGCUCUGCAGUUUGUGCUUUCUACAUGGACGACAUAGAGAAAGUCUUUAAUGGGAAGUUUAAGGAGCAGCGGACCAGCGACUCGUCCUGGACUCCGGUACCUGACGAGCAGGUUCCCCGGCCGAGACCUGGUACGUGUGCAGGCGACGGUCCGGCCGCAGAAUACAAGUCAUCUGUUCAAUUUCCAGACGAGAUGCUGACGUUUAUCAAGUCGUAUCCGCUGAUGGACGAAGCCGUUCCCUCCGUCAACGACCGGCCCUGCUUCACCAGGACGUCCAGCAGGUCCAAGCUGACCCAGAUCGUGGUGGACGUUUCAGCCGGUCCCUACAAGGACCGGACCGUGAUGUUCCUGGGCUCAGACGACGGCCGAGUCCUGAAGGUUUUGGCCAGCACGCAUCCCAACGACAGCUUCGGAUCCAAACUGCUGGAAGACAUCGACGUCUACAACCCGUCCAAGUGUAACGUUCAGGGUCAGGAGGACAGGAGGGUUCUGGGCUUAGAGCUGGAUAAGGACCAUCAUGCCUUGUUCGUAGCGUUCACCAGCUGCGUCAUCAGAGUGCCGCUCAGCCGCUGCUCGCAACACGGAGCCUGCAAACAGGCCUGUCUGGCGUCUCGUGACCCGUACUGCAUCUGGCUGCGGACGGGAAGUUGUGCCAACAUGGCGCCUGGUUUCAAGGCGGGGUUCGAACAGGAUAUCGAGGGCGACCACUCGCUUCACCCGGACAGCUGCCACGCCGACGUGUUGGCGACCACACGGAACCAAGAGUCCGCCGCUGACUCCGCCUACGGUGUUCGGCGUCUUCCAGAGAUGGAUCAGCGCUCCGGCGCUAACGUCCACUACACUCUGCUGAUCGCCUGCGUGCUGGUGGCCUUCUUCCUGGGCGCCAUCUUGUCUGGCUUCCUGGUGUCGUGUUACUGCAGCCGCAGCGCCGCUCAGCGGGCGAGGAGGCUGGGAAAAGACCCCGAGGCUUCGCUGCCGCACGCUCUAUCGCUGCGAUCCCUCGCCAAGCUCAACGGACUGCUGGACGGACAGCCGAAGGAGGACAAACUGGACGUGUCCACCCCGAAGAUGUACAGCUCCUUCAUCCCCAACGGCCGGGCAGAGCCUCACCUACACACCCCCGGCCACCAGGGCCCCCCGCUGGGAGACCCCGACCUCAGCCUGUCCCAGUCUCUGUCUCAGGGGGACGGCGAGCUGUCCGGUCUGCCCACGCCGGACUCCACCCCGGAGCUCCCCAUCAGGAACAUGAAGGCGCUGCAGCACCAUCAGUACGAGAAGAACCAGAACUGCAACAACGGCAAGGACAGCAACCCCAAAUCUGGGCCCAGCUGCUCCGGAUCCAGUCUGGGAUUCAUGGCCGUCGUGGGGAACUCCAUGACCCAGCAGGUGUUCCCCUUCACUCAUCACCAUGGCAACAGCCUGAGCAAUGGACUGGCCCAUGGAGCGGGCGCUUCUUCGUCUUCGCUGCACCUCCCCGAGGAGAGGAAGAUCUCCAAUGAUGAGCGAGCAGCAGGAGGAGGAGGAGGAGGAGGAGGAGGAGGAGGAGCCCCUCAUCACCACCACUCCCAGCAGUCCCUCCCCCAGACGGUCGUGGAUGUGUCGGCGCUGGACGAGCUGCUCAAACACAUCCAUGAGGUCAGCGCGUCGGGAACCGGAGGCAUCAAGGUCCUGACCUCCACCUCCUCAUCCUCCCUGUUCCCCGGGCCGUCCUCUUCCUCCUCCGGAGGCCAUCACCAUAGUCACCAUCACAGCCAUCAUCACAGUCACCACGGCCAGACCCGCACCCACCACUACAACCACAGCCAUCACCAUAGCAACCACCACAGCAGCGGCAGCGGCGGCGGCAGUAACCAUCACCAGCAGCAGAUCCCCGAGACAGAAUCAGCUCCAUAUUACAGCACCUCCACGCUGCCGCGGGACGGCCUCCCCAAACGCCUGGACGCACCUCCUCAAAACUCCACCUCAUCCUCUGCCUCUUCCUCAUCCUCCUCCUCCAACAACCCCACCUCCUCCACCUCCGUCCCAUCCUCCUCUUCCUCCUCUUCUUCGACUCCACUCCAGCAGCAGGUGAUUCCAGAGAGGCCUGGACAAAGCGGCGUCUCCGUAACGCGCCACCACUCCCAGCGCCACUCCCUCAUCAAGAUGGGCAGCGGCGGAGGCGCCGUACCGCGCCACCACAGCUUCAACCAACGGGGGGCGGCGCACGCACACUUUCUAGCCCGGAUGAACACCAACAGCAGCAGCAACGGGCCGCCGGGCGCCGGCGCUGCGGCCGAUACAAACGCCAGUGCCAACGGUGAGAGCCAGCGGCCGUUGAUCGCCAGCACCUGCCUGACACGGCAGCACAGUUACAGCGAAGGUCCGCACGUCCAGCGGGCCGCAAUCAUCCGGCGAACGGCGUCGCUCAAACCCCAAGUCCCGCCAAAACCGCUGUUCCUCCCGAACACGGCGACGUCACCGGUAGCAGAGGCGGGAAAAUACAAGUACUGAGGCUGCGGGAGGAAACAGGAAAGCACUCUGAGCACUGGUGGGGCACGAAGUCACAAAACAGACUUCAGAGCUUCUGUCCCAUCACUCCUCAUUACGACCCUUCAGUCGUGGUUACUUCCUGCUGCUGAGAGGGCGCCGUCUGUGGCCUCCCUGAGUUACGGCCACCGCAUUGUAGCUGCUUCGCUCGCUCGCAGAGCGAAGCCCUGAAGGAGCCGGGCGGACACAAACUCUGACAAAUAAACAAGAUCUCGGACUCGUCUCUCACGGCCGCUUGUGGCGACUUUCCCCUCAAAACCGGCUCCGACGAGUCGCAGAAACUUUCCAGAAGCAGAAAGAUGUUAAUGAUUCAAAAGGAGUCCCGGAGGCUCGAGGUGGCCUGAAAAACUCUUGAUCUGACGUCCCCGGCUGCUGCACCGUGGCGCAGCGCCGACGUGAACUGAAUCCGGGACUCUGAUAAGUGAAACGAUGGCAUCAAAAAUCACACAACGCCGAGAGCGCCCGGAGGAAGAUUCCUCUUCUGUUCUGCUCGCCCUCCUUUUCCACGACAAGCGCAGAAACAAAACUGCAACGAUCCAACGUUUCAGAGACGACGAGACGUUCAAGACAGUUUUUUUUGUACACGAACACAUCAGCAGCACUUAUAUGAUGAAGUAGAGCUUUACUUCAUGAGCUGUGGGAUCAAAAUCCAGCAGCUACAGAGACCCGGAUCACUCAGUCCUGUGAUGACAGAGCCUGACAGAACCAGAUGAAUGUUCUCUUUUGUACCAUAUUGGUAUCUAAAACACUAAAGCAUGAAUGGAGCUGUGUUUCGUACGGAGCCCAGUAGGUGUUUAAAUGAUUCCCUCAAAUUACUAAUUAAUGUGCUCAUGACACUUAAUAGUCCUUCAGUUUAGUGACUUGUAUGUUCACAUUGAUCCUCUUGAAUUAAUAAUCGGCCUGGAUUGAUUUGAUUUGACGUCUCGCUCCAGAACGUCAGAGCUGGAUUUUUAUGAACCUGUUGAAACAGGUGAAGUUAAAGUGAUCACCUACUGAGCUCCGUCGCUGUGUCAUCAACAGGUUCACCUGCCGAAAGAGAAGAAACAGCUCAGAGUCGAAAGGUUUAACAGUUCGGUUCAUCCAAAUCACUAAAACACAUAUUCUCUGGUGCACAGUGGUGCACAGUGGUGCACAGUGGUGCACAGUGGUGCACAGUGGUGCAGAGUGUUUAGUUUUAAUAAUAUUUCACUGCUCAGAGAAACAGGAAGUAAACCCUGUUGCCUGUUGUCAUAGUAACGUUACAGUCAGAAGUGACAGCUGUCAGAGCGGCGGAAUAAUUUAUCACUGUAAACACAAGAAAAGCAGCAACAUGUCAACAGUCUGAGCAGAACUAAAGAACUGAAGACCUGGUUUCAGGACUGAUGUGGAUCCAGCUGCUAGUUCAUACACAUUAUAUCUGUUGUCUUAUAACAGAUCUCCUGAACGCCCUGAAGGCUGUAAACUAUCACGCUGUGCAGAGAGUUUUGCUUCUAUUUGUCCAGGUUUCAGUUGUUUCCAAACAGCAGCAGCGGGCCGAACAGCCUGGAUCACCGGACUGGGACUAUUUCCUGGCUGGUGGAUCAUUGUGGAUCAUUGCAGAAGGACAAAUAAAGCCAAACAUCUGUGUGACUUGAUGAAGUGAGAGGAAAGUAAGAUAAUAUGUUUAGUUUUGGUGGUUUGGAUGAACCGUUAAAGCUGCUGCAGGUCUGUAGGAGUGUUUCUGCUCUAAAAAUACUCGACUGUGAAGCGAAUCUGCUGUUUCCUGUUUGACUUUUACCUCCCGGUGUUUGUCGACAGUCAAGAACACUCUUUUUUUUCCUGUGGCUGUUUCUUCUGUUUGGGCUCUCGGCCUGCAGCUGACGAACAGAACGACCGCAGGAAUCAUCUUGAGGCAACAGAGAGCAGCGCUGCCAGCAACAGCAAUAAAAGUCUCCAGUCGGACAAAAACUGUAAAUAAAACAACGAGCUGCUAAGAAGUAAAGAGGACGAAUUCAAACAGCUGGCAGAGUCGACUGUUGCCUCGACAUGGUGCUUGGUUUGGGAAAUGAAUGUGAUCGUUUUUAGAUUUGGAAAAGUUCUGAUUGCAAAAAAACAACGUGUGGAAAGAUUUUAAAAAGUGCAACGAGACUCACUAUCAUUCAUUUACACAAACUGGUGUUUCUGCACGUUUAGCCUGUUAGCUGCUAACUUUACGUUACUGCUGAUUGUAUUCCACUUUGGAUCGACUCAGAACCCAACAGUUAUUCCAGGAAUGAAACCGCGUAAUAAUAAAAUGUGUUGAAUCUGAUCACACGCGGGCGUUCACGUGGGCGUUCACGUGGGCGUUCACGCGGGGCGUUCACGUGGGCGUUCACGUGGGCGUGCUCAGGCGUGAGGAAACGUCUCUGAUGUGUCACGUGAAGUAAAAACGACACCAAAAUAAUCUGCUGAAGAAAACAAAUUUAUUGACCUUUUUCUUCUUCACACUUGUUUGUUAUCGUGGUGAAAAGCAGACGUGAGCAAACCUCUCAGUGGUGCGUUCAAGGAGGCUCGUAAAUCUCAGAACUGACACAACGCUGCAGAAAAGCUUUGAGCGAACACAAGCAGAGACGCGAUGAUAAUAAAACAUUUAAUGAAGUUCCUGCUUUGAUCCGGACGACAACAGCUGCGAAACAAAAGAACUGCAUCACUGAAACAAUCAGUCCAUUAAUCAAUUAAUUGAUCGUUUGUUUUAAAAUAGAAGCUAUGACAUCACCAGACGUCUCAGCUGUAACGUGGCUGCAUGACGAUACAAACAAAUAAAUAAACAAAUAAAUAAAUAAAUAAAGAGCUCAACAGCUGUUUUGCACGUCGUUUCCGUCUCGUUCGAGUGUUUCUGCGUUUUGUAGGAAAAUAAAAUAAAUGAAACUUGAAUCUUCGGAAGGUUUUUUAGCUUCACUUUGUAAGAACUUGAUGAUGAUGAAGAUGAUGAAGAUGAUGAAGAUGAUGUAUUUUACACAUCAAGCUGAAACUAAAAUCUGUUUUAAUCCAGUUUCUCAUCCGAUCCGACUUUGACCCAAAGAAUCUAAUCGUUCACUAUGAUUGAUUGAUUGAUUGAUUGAUUAUCUACAUGCAGACGAGACAUCUGAUCUCUAUCUUCUAUCUCCUUCUGGAGCUCUCAACCACAUCUAAAGGUCUUCUUCAGCAGUUGUCAUCAUGUGACCGAAGUUCAGAACUUCAGCUCUUUUUUGUUUGUCUCCCGUCUCCAUGACAACUCUGCAGACUAUCCGCUGAGGAAGACCAUGACAUGUGUGGUUGAAAUCCCUGCACAAAGCUCUUAAUCAGACCUUCAGUUAAACAGUCAAGAGUAACUUCUUGUUUUCUCGUGAACACGUGAAACAGCCGUUAUCAGUGUAAAUCACACGACCGCUGAAGGAAAACGAGUCGCAGUAACGGAGAUCAAUGAAUCAACUGGUUCGGUGUUCAGUGUUUGUUUGGUCGUCGGCUGCUGUUAAACCAGAUAAACAUCUGACCCGCUGAGCCGGCCGGACGCACGCUCUCCUUCCCGCCACAGAUGAAGCAAUAACGAAGCCACGGCGGCGAUGCUGCAGCACAGCGUUUACUGGAGCAUCCCUGUCUGCAGGAGACGGGGCUCUGCACCAAAUGAUGCAACUUUGGCUCCGCCGGCAACCGGAUCAGGAUGUGGAGCACGUGUCGAAUGAGUCGUGCUGCAUCAGGUGUUUCCAAACCUGCACUGACUAAUCGUUUUCUUCUGAUUUAAUAUAUGAGGACAAAGCAGCAGUUUGAUGUCGAUUUCGACUGGGAGUUAAAAGGAGGAUUCGUGUCACUGUUGGUGUUUGAAGAGCUUGCAUCAUCCUCUUUCAUUCCCCCCCCCCCCCCCGUCUCCCAGCUGACUGCAGCCGUUUGAUAGUUAUCAGAUAGAAAGUGUUCUGGUCACUGGGAAGAAGCUGCCCACAUGAAUCACAGUCUCAUUUAACAAGCCGCCAUCACACGAGAGCUGCAGAUCUGAUCCUCGACUCAGGACUUACUGUCCCGCUGGUUUUACCCCGUUAACACUCCACAUUACUGCUGACCAGUUUUCCAAAGAAUAAAGUACUUUUUAGAUCAGUUUUGCUCCUUUUAAACAGCCACUGGCUUCAGCUGUUUCCAUAAAGUCAAGAUGUAGAAACAUACAAGUUGCUGUCAGCUGCUGAAAUAUGAUCAUAGUUUAUAGACGGGCUGCAAAAUAAAGGAUUCAGUUUAGAUCAGAGAGUCCUUCAGUCUGAUCUGUAAUAUCUGGAAAACUAAUUGUUUUAUUGACUAAAAGGUUCGUUGGUAGUUGCAGCCGUACACUAAAUUAUUUAAAUCUUAAACUUCUGUUCCAUCUUAAAACAGUUCCUGAUCUAAAUCUGCCUGUUUAAGACUGUUUAGACAAAACUCGUGUUUAGAAAACUUUAACGCUUUUGCUUCUUUUGUGAAAUGGAAAAAAGGAUCUUGUA